GGAUCCUUGGUGCUUUCUGAGCUGGGUUGCUUUCUUGCAGACGUUUCAUGACCCAACUAGGUGACAUUAUCAGUGGUAGGAGGGUUUCUGGAGAGGAGGAGGAGGAAUAGGAUUAUGGGGCCCUCCUUGGUGCUUUGUGAGCUGGGUUGUUUCCUUGCAAACAUUUCAUGAUCCAACUAGGUGACGUCAUCAGUUUUAGGAGGAUUUCUGGAGAGGAGGAGGAGGAAUAAGUAUUAUGGGGUGCUUCUUGGUGCUUUCUGAGCUGGGUUGUUUCCUUGCAUUUCAUGACCCAACUUGGUAACUUCCAUCAGUGAUAGGAGGGAGCUGGGUUUGCAGUGUGGAGGAGGAAGAGGAGGAAGAUAAGGAGGAGGAUUAUGGGGUCCUUGGUGCUUUCUGAGCAGGGUUGCUUCCUUGCAGACGUUUCAUGACCCAACUAGGUGACGUCAUCAGCCAUCAGGGAUUGCGGAGUGGAGGAGGAGUGGGAGGAGGAAGAGGGGAGAAGGAGAAGGUCUGUGGGUCCUUGGUGCUUUCUGAGCUGGGUUGGUUUUCUUGCAGACGUUUCAUGACCCAACUAGGUGACGUCAUCAGCGCUAGGAGGGUUUGUGGAGAGGAGGAGGAGGAAUAGGAUUAUGGGGCCCUCCUUGGUGUUCUCUGAGCUGGGUUGUUUCCUUGCAUUUCAUGACCCAACUAGGUAACUUCCAUCAGUGAUAGGAGGGAGCUGGGUUUGCAGUGUGGAGGAGGAAGAUAAGGAGGAGGAUUAUGGGGUCCUUGGUGCUUUCUGAGCAGGGUUGCUUUCUUGCAGAUGUUUCGUGACCCAGCUAGGUGACAUCAUCAGUGCUAGGAGGCUUUCUGGAGAGGAGGAGGAAUAGGAUUAUGGGGUUCUCCUUGGAGCUUUCUGAGCUGGGUUGCUUUCUUGCAUUUCAUAACCCAACUUGGUAACUUCCAUCAGUGAUAGGAGGGAAAAGGGUUUGCAAUGUGGAGGAGGAAGAGGAGGAAGAGAAGGAGGAGGAUUAUGGGGUCCUUGGUGCUUUUUGAGCAGGGUUGCUUUCUUGCAGAUGUUUCAUGACCCAACUAGGUGACGUCAUCAGUGCUAGGAGGGUUUCUGGAGAGGAGGAGGAGGAAUAGGAUUAUGAGGUUCUCCUUGGUGCUUUCUGAGCUGGGUUGCUUUCUUGCAUUUCAUAACCCAACUUGGUAACUUCCAUCAGUGAUAGGAGGGAGCUGGGUUUGCAAUGUGGAGGAGGAGGAGGAGGAGCAUUGGAUCCUUGGUGCUUUCUGAGCUGGGUUGCUUUCUUGCAGAUGUUUCAUGACCCAACUAGAUAACAUCAUCAGUGCUAGAAGGGUUUCUGGAAACGAGGAAGAAUAGGAUUAUGGAGUCCUUGGUGGUUUCUGAGCUGGGUUGCUUUCUUGCAGACGUUUCAUGACCCAACUAGGUGACAUCAUCAGUGCUAGAGACAUCCAGGAUGAUGAAUUUAAAAAAUUCACUUCUCGGAUCUCAAGCUUCCUCCAAAAUCAAGACUUUGGAAAUGAAACGGUUGAUUCCUUGCGAAGGCUAUUUCUUAUUGUCUCGACCACCAAAUACAGUCGGAAAUUGGAGGACAAACUUGUUCAGCUUCUGCAAACAACCCUGUACCUACCAAAGUCUCCUAAGCAAAUCCAGAUACUUUGCAGUGCCAUAUUGAGAGAGGUAUCGUUUUGCAAUGAUUUAUCUCUGCCUUGGGAUAAGUUCCGGGACACCAGGCUCUUGAGUUUAACUUUCUCCAUUGUGCAAUCCCAAUGCAAUCAGAAGGCAACUGUUGAAGAAAUGGGGCAGCAGGUGGUGAAAAUUCUGGAAGGCAGACUGCCUGAAGACCAGAGCGCACGUCCUCUUCUCCCCAUGCUGUCGAAGGUCAUUGGUUCUGCACCGCAGAGCCUGAACGAAGACCAGAUCAACCUGAUCAGCAAAAGGAUGGUUGAUUGGCUCAGGUACGCCAGCCUUCAGCAAGGAGCGACCCCGGCAACAGGUGGCUUUUUCAACCCAAGAGGAAAACAGCCUGGCCCCAUCACCGAGGUGGACGGUACGGUGGCCACCGAUUUUUUCACCGUGCUGUCUGUGGGCCAGAAUUACACAGAGGACCAGUGGCUCAACGUGCAGGCUUUCUCCAUGCUGAGGAAGUGGCUCUUGUGCUACAGGAGUGACACAACCAGCAAUCCAAAUUCAGACGACAAGUCGGAGGUGGAUGGUUCCCUCGUGUCGAUGGUCUCCGUCACAUCUACCUCAAGUCGCCUCCUUUCUCCAAGGGAACGUCUGAGAGAAAAGGCCUUUGAGUACUGCCAGCGUCUUCUGGAGCAGAGCAACCGCCGAGCUCUGAAGAAAGCAGACGGGGAGCUACAAAAAGCCUGUCUCAUCGAAGCGGUCACCAUUAUGGACAUCAUCUGCCAGCAAGACUCUUCUUACGUUUACCGCUCCCUCUCCUGCCUGAAAAACCUCCACGGACGGAUCAGCGGGGAUCCUUCUUGCGCCCGUGUGCUGAUUCCCAUCGCCCAGUUUUUCCUAAAUCACAGUGAGACAGCAGCUGUGGACUCCGAAGCCGUUUAUCGCCAUCUCUUCACCAAAGUUCCUGCUCAGCUCUUCCACAACCUCAUGCUGGCUUACGAGUUUCUCCAGUUCUGCCGGCAGAACGUUGGACUCUUCACCGAGAAUCUCGGCAUCUUCCGACAGAGCACCCCAAACCUAUUCAAGUUCCUGGCUUGGAACAGCCCAGCCCUGAUCGUUGAUUACACAGACCUUUUACCAGCCCUGCUCAGUCCGGAGAAUGCCUUGGAGAUGUUCCACUUGCUACUUGACCUUCCGUGUUUGACUGCUGCACUGGACACCCAGCUGAGGUCUGUCUUGACCCCGCUAUCCGAGAGAUCCACCAUAGAUCCGGCUUCAAAACCUGUUACCUGCCUGGAGGCCUUCCGCCACCCUCAAUACCGGGGCCUCUUCCAUUAUCUCCUGAGGGUUGAGUCUACUCCAGGUGACCCUGGCAGGCUGACUCCUCUCCGGCAGCUCUUGGGAUCCUUAGCCAGUCACCCUCGGGUUGGGCAAUGUGCCAACAGCGUCCCAGUCUUGCUGCAGCUCUUCUUCAGGUUGGUGUCCAAGUUUGCAGAUGAAACUCUUGCGAAGAAACUGACCUUGGCAGCCCUGGAGAGGAGUGAUCAGCUAUACGAGAUCCCUGGGUUCAAGGCCAAGGUAUUCAGAGUGAUGAGUUCCCAGCUACAAAUCUUGUGCAAGCAGCACCCGUCCUUGGUGGUGGAGCUGUCCAAACCACUUCUGGAGUUUUCGGGAACGGUGUCCAAUAUUCAGGCCAAGGAGGACCUCUUCAUUCACGUGGUCUGGGCCAUUGGCGAAUACGCAUCGGUGACGCACGAUAAACGUUGCACGGUGGAGCAGAUCAACACCUUCUUCGACGUUCUGGAAGCCAUGCUCUUCGAGAUCACCCAGCUGCGACCUUCAGCCAACACCCCCAAGUACUCCCCUCGUGUGAUCACCGUCCUCAUGACCGCAUUGACCAAGCUAGCAUCUCGCAGCCAGGAUCUGAUCCCCAGAGUUUCCCUGUUUCUAUCGAAGAUGAAGCUCUUCAUCCAGAGCCCGGCUGUUUCCUCCGUCUACUGCGCUGAAGAAGCCGAGGCCAUCCUCACCCGGGCGAUGGAGCUGAUGAACUUACUGAAAAUGCCCAGCGUGGCUCAGUUCGUGCUAAGACCAUCCUCCGAGGACUUAAGCCACCAGGAGACCCACAUCCCUUUGCUGCUGGCCAUGAAGAUGACCAGCCAACUUUUGGAAGGAGGAACCGGCUCCGUUCCUGGAUGACGAAGCCCCUCCAGACCAACCUAAGGUUGCUUCCUGGAGAUGGUGGUGAAGAACAUCCCUGGUGCCUUCUGCAUUUCUGAGGACUUUUUGAGGUCCCACCUUCACCGUUUCCUAGCACGCCGGGGUGUCUCUACCAUGGAUGGCAAACGUUCAUUAGAACAUCUCGCACCUUGGUUUAUUAAAAGCAUUCAUGGUCUGCGUGUCCUCUUCUAGUUGAGUUCAGCAAACUUAAGUGUCUUUCAUGGAUCGGUGACCUUGGGAAGGAGCUCCGGCUUCAUCGUGAGCGCUCCAUCACUGGAUGUUUUUAAGAAGAGACUAGGCAGUCACUUGUCUGAAGUAGUAUAGGUCCAUGAUGGCGACUCUAUAGCAUGCAGGUGCCACAGGUGACAUAAUAUAAUAAUAAUAACAACAACAACAACAAGAGUUGUUGUGAAUUCAGAAGCAUUCAGAAGUUGUGAAUGCUCCAACACUGGAAAU